AUGUACGUGGAGAAAAGCGCGCCUUUGUACGCAGGAAUAUUGGACCCAAUAUAUGAACAUGUACCUAGAAACGCAUCAGAAGCUUUGAAUUACGUAAACAGUCCUAACAGUCUUAGAGGACUGCUUCCACGGCAGCUUGGGGAACGCAUGGCGUCGGAAAGUGUCUCUGGGGUAGAACCAACUGUAAGGCAGGCUGACAGAGAAGCAAUGACAGAGAGACGAGGAGAGCAGGAGAAAAGGCGGGGCACCUUGCCUGCUGCCAGUUCAGCAAAGUCACAAGGCACAGCGAAAGAUGAGGACGACACUGACGAAUAUCCUGACCACUGCGGCGAUUUGGCUACUUUCAUUGAAGGCCGCCAGGUUAUCGAAUGGGAUAUUCCAGUCUUCAACGGUAUUAUCCACGUUCUUGGCUCCUCUGUUUUGAGACCCGAUAUCGAAGCACUCGCGACAAACAUUGCCUUUUGGCAGUGCACUCAUCAGUUCUGCUAUGAAUGCCCACUGUUGACCCCCUUUUUCUUGAAAUUCCUGGAUGAAAUUGGAAUAAUUACAGGAAAGAAGCCAUUCGAGUUUAAUCCUCCCCCGGGCGUUCGCCCAGAUUGGGUCUGUAGGGGUGCAUUUAGCUACUAUCCAGCUGGAUGGACGAAGCAAACGUGGCACAAAUACCUGGAGACGAUGAGUUCAACAGAUAAACGAACUGCGAAACGUAAUGCCGACCUUGUGGCGAGAGCUGCCGAAGGGCGGUACCAGAUUGCAUUGCUUUACGAAAGUAUUCGGUUGCAGUCAAUCGAGGCAAGACGCAGGUAUGACCCCCUUCGCCCAAUAAGCGACGAAACAUACGAUCCGAAUUUCAAGAACAUGAAAAAGUCCUUCUACGACAAGAACUUCGAGUGCAAAGGCGAAGCUGUUAAUCGAGAACUUACAGCAAAACAGAUGCACAAAAUAAUACCUGCUGUUUACCCAUGGACGGGUUGA